AUGGCGCAUUAUCAGCCUGACGAAAGCCUCCAUGCAAACCUGAAAGGAAAGGUUGUGGUCCUCUCCGGUCGGUCCUCUCUGAACUCACUGCACGAAACAUGCUAAAUUUGUGAUUCCAGGCGGGGCAACUGGCAUUGGAGCAGCCACAGUCCGCUUACUGGCACAGCACGAGGCCCAUGUCGUGUUUGGCGAUGUCAACGAUCCAGUAGCUGAAGAGCUUGUUACGCAAACCCCAGGUGUCAAAUACAUCCACUGCGACGUCGUGAAGUACAAUGACAUCUACGAUCUCUUCAAGACUGCGUAUGACCAGUAUGGUCGCGUCGAUCAUGCCUUUUCUUGCGCUGGGAUAUUCGAGCAGGGCAACUGGUACGAUCCCAAGUUAACGAUCGAAAGCAUCAAAGACGACCCAGGAAAUACCAAAACCAUACACGUCAAUGUUCUCGGAACCCUUCAGUUCUCCCGCAUCGCAACGAUAUUCUUGCGGGAAGGCAUGAAAGAAGGUGAGGACAAGAGCUUGACGUUGACGUCUAGUGUGAACGCGUUCAGAGAAAGCCCAGGCUUGUUUCUCUACCAGGUAUGAUGAUCGGUGAGAAGUUGAGUGAGCCUUGCUGAUUCUGAAUCCCAGACUUCGAAGCAUGCCGUUCAUGGCCUGCUACGCUCCUCUCGGAAGACACUGUUUGAACGAGAUCAUAUCAGGGUGAAUGCUAUCUGUCCGGGCGUGACGGAUACACCAAUGGCUGCAAAGGUGAUCGAACCGUUCAAAGAGAACGGUCUCUUCUGGCAAUCGCCAGAAAGCGUAGCGAAGAUUGUUGUCGGCCUCGAAGCAUCUUCUCAUAUCCACGGCAAAGCCUUCUAUAUCGAGGGCGGCGAUGGCUACGAAUUUGAAGACAGCUUCUACAACACCCAGCCACACUGGUUAGGAGAGGAACCAACACGAAGGAUGCGAGCAAAUGCAGAGGCUGUCCAGAAGGUGAGCCGUGAAAUCGCGCAGUUCAUACUGAAUGCUAAUAUCCGAGACAGGGUGCCUUGGUUCCGAAAGAGUAA